GCCUUCGUGGGGCGGUGACUGUCACCGCCAGGCGCCGAAGGGACCGGACUCCUACAGGCCUGCAAACGUUAAAAGACCUCUCGCCUGCGCUGCGAGGGACACAGGUGGUGUCUGCAGUCGCUGGUAACCGCUGCGUGUGACGCGGAGGCUGAGGAGCCGGCACCUUCGGCCUGGGACCCCUGGACUUUCUGCGUGCCCUUGGGAAGCAUGCCUGGGUGAAUGAGGAGUCGGGACAAGGGGAAGAUAAGACAAGAGCGCACCCGCACGAGAACAGAACUUUUCAAACAACUGAGUUUUCUUGAGACAGUUAACCUUUUAAGAAGGGAGGAAGAUGAUCCGGUCCCUGCCCACCAUGACCGUCCUCAUCCCACUGGUCUCGCUGGCAGGCCUGCUCUACUCCGCCUCCGUGGAGGAAGGCUUCCCAGAGGGCUGCACCAGCGCCAGCAGCCUGUGCUUCUACAGCUUGCUCUUGCCGGUCACCGUGCCUGUGUACGUGUUCUUCCAUCUGUGGACAUGGAUGGGCCUGAAGCUCUUCAGACAUAACUAGGGGAGCCGAGGCCCCUCCUGCUCGGGCUGCCUGCGGAGUGGGGCAUGGCCGGAGGUUCCUGGCUGUUGCAGAUUCUUUUGUAGCUGAAAAAUACUUUUCAAUAAAAUGUCUUAUGGGAGAGGAACACGACCAGCCUUCAUCCAAA